AUGGCGGUUAAACUCCUACACUGUUUAUUUUUCGUACAUUACGUUUCUUCAGGCAUGAGCGAAAACCCGCUACUAAUGACAACCGGCAACUCCGACCAAAUAGCAAAAACUGCUGAAUGCGUUUUAAAACUCUCCGCAAAAUAUUUCGUCGAGAAGAAAGCUCUCAGUGGUAGCAUCGUGAUAAUCAACAUCAACUCUUAUACCUCCACUACACAGAGGCUACUUUUGUCUACCAUACACGGAGGAAUCAAAUAUUCCGUUAUGGUAAAAGAUUCCUUUUAUCCGCACGCCAACGCAUCCCAUUUUCCGGAGAAAGCUAAAAAUUAUAUGUUGAUUUUAGAGGAGAAAUCGGAGCUCCGUCGGAAUAUACUGCAGCUGAACAAAUUGCCCACCUGGAACCCGUUAGCUAAAGCGAUAGUUUUCUACCAAGUGAAAGAAAACGAUACCGCUGAAGACGCUGCCAUCUCAUUCAUAAAUGAAUUGAGAUACUAUAAGCUUCUUAAGAGCAUUAUCUUCAUUUAUAAUGCUGAUGAACAGGAAGUAAUAUCUUUUACGUGGAGUCCGUAUAGCGCCACAAACUGUGGUGGAAAAUGCGAAUCGGUAUACGUCUUAGACAGGUGCAGAAAUAAUGUUAUACAACAAAUAGAGGCUCAAAGGGAAGUGUUUCCAUUGGAUAUGCGAGGCUGCCCUUUGAUCGCCUACGCUAUAGUUUCCGAGCCGUACGUUAUGCCGCCGACAAGAAAAUUAACAAAUACAAGUUUCGACGAUGCCUAUGAAUUUCAGAGGGGAGGAGAAAUAAGUCUUGUUAAAAUCAUAAGUCAAUUUACAAACAUGAGCCUGAUUAUACGGAUGUCAGAGACAGCUGAGAAUUGGGGGAUCGUUUACCCGAACGGAACAGCGACCGGGGCUUACGACGUAUUGAGGAACGACGCUGCCGACCUAGUUAUAGGCAACAUCGAAGUCACUAGGACCCUUCGGAAAUGGUUCGACCCGACUGUAAGUUACACGCAAGAUGACAUGACAUGGUGUGUCCCGCGCGCUGGACAAGCCUCCACUUGGAAUAAUUUGGUGAUCAUAUUCCAGUGGUCAACUUGGGUUGCGACACUCGCGGGCCUGAUAAUAAUGGGUCUGAUAUUUCACUAUUUUUACUACAGAGAAAACGAUCGUAAAGUAACUAAAUGGCCAACAAAUUCUUUGUUGAUGACGUUCAGUAUGCUGCUCGGGUGGGGCGCAUCGUUUGAGCCGAAAAGCGCAACGUUCCGCGUACUGAUCUUCUGUUGGCUCUUCUUCAGUAUCAACUUGAGUAUAUCUUAUGAGUCGUUUCUAAGAAGCUUCCUAAUGCACCCGCGAUUUGAGAAGCAGAUAAGUAGCGAGGCGGAUUUGAUACAGUCCGGGAUUCCUUUGGGAGGCAGGGAGAUUUACCGUUCCUAUUUUGAGACUAAUAACGCGAGUGGGUUUUAUUUGUAUCACAAAUACAAUUCGACUGUGUUCGGUGAGGGGAUCAGACGAGCGGCUUUGGAGAGGGAUUUUGCGGUGGUUUCUUCGCGAAGACAGGCUGAGUACCAGGACCAGCGAUUGGGGAGAGGAGCUUCGCUGAUAUUCUGCUUCCCGGAGAGUGAUAAUCUUUACAAAUACGGCGUGGUCCUCCUGGCUCGCAAGUGGUUUCCUAUGUUAGAGCGGCUCAACUCUGUAAUCCGCAGCGUCUCCGAGAAUGGUCUCAUAGAUAAAUGGAAUCAGGAAUUAUUUAUCCAUACUGUGUCUACAGAAGGGGCUAGUACUAUCGAGCCUCUAGGAGUGCCUCAUUUGUUGGGUGCUUUUAUGUUCAUAGGUCUUAUGUAUGGCGCGAGUGUUUUCUUGUUUUUGGGGGAAUUUGCGUUUGGAUAUUACCAAAAACGGAAGGUGAUACCGACGGGUAACCGGUCUCAACCGGUGUAUAACAUUAAGGCAGCUUAA